CCGCUUGGUGGCGCUAUUUCCAUCACUCGUAGAAAUGGCGGCGCACAGGCGUUUCGUGGUUUGCGUUGUCCUGGUUUUAUGUUCCCACUGUUUAAAGACAGAAUGUUCAUUAGACACGGAGGCUGAUUUAUCAGAUGAUAUCGUCUUUCAAUCAGGAAGCCAUCAGACACUUAAGGUUGGCCCGGCAAUACCAAGGAGAUAUUUACUUUACCAUGUCAACCACGGGGAAGGGUUCAAUCUACGCCGGGAUGUCUACAUGCGGAUAGCCAACCUGGUCCAGAGGCUGCAGCAAGACGGGGACUGGGUGCUGGUCCUACCCCCUUGGGGCCGACUGUACCACUGGAGGACUCGCUCCCUGGAGCAGAUCCGCAUACCCUGGGCCACAUUCUUUGACGUGGAGAGCCUCAACCGGUACAUUCCUGUCAUCGAGUUUGAAGAUUUUAUAAAAGAAACCGGCCAGGCGGCCAUUGACCAGAUCCUGUACCUCCAAGCCUACAAGGAAGGCUGGACCAACGGCAAGUGGGAGGAGAAGAUAGAUGAGAGGGAGUGCAUUGAACCGCCGGCCUACCGGCUGGACGAGGCCGGGGUCUUCCGGGGGUGGUUCUGGGGCUACCCGGACGCCUAUGCCAAGGCCUUCAAGUGCCUGUCCGUCCAGGGAAUGGCCCGCAUUCUGGCGCCGGUGCUGUUAAACAAUUUCACAGCAAGGUCCGUCUUUGUAGAUAGAGGCGAGAAAGUCAUGCAUGACCGAUUUGGUGACGUCAGCUACUGGACUGUGAGGCGGUCCAUGCGAUUUGCCAAACAUCUGCGGGACAUCGGAGACGAAUUCAGGGAAAGUAAACUGGAAUCCACAGACGAGAAGGACAAGACAGUGAUGACAGACAACUGGCGAGAUAUGGAGAGAAAACCAGGCUCGGCAAUCGGAGGACCCUACCUUGCGGCACACCUAAGGAGAGAAGAUUUCGCUCGCAACAACAGGAAAGAAGUGCCUACGCUUGAGAGGGCAGCAGACCAGAUCAAAGUAGCCCUUAAAAAAUAUAAACUCGAGAAGGUUUUCGUAGCUACUGAUGCACCUAAACAUGAAAUUGAGGAGCUCAGGAGGCACCUACAAGACUACCAGGUGUACAAUUACGUCCCUCCCAAAGGCGUCCUGGAGAACUUCAAAGAUGGCGGAGUGGCCAUUAUAGACCAGUGGAUAUGCGCUCAUGCAAGGUAUUUUAUAGGGACGGGCGUGUCCACGUUCUCCUUCCGCAUCCACGAGGAGAGACAGAUCCUGGGCUUUGACACCAAGAUGACCUACAAUCGAUUCUGCGGGCACAGCGAACCGGAGGACUGUGAGCAACCAUCUGUUUGGAAGAUAGUCUACCAUUAACAAUGGUGUAACAUCGGUGGACUUUGUGCGAGAACAGUAGAUGGGUUGUUCUAUACAUUUGGGGUCCACUUUUUUUCCUGCCCUUGUUAAUACAUCCGACUUUUAUGAUUUUAUAAUUCUGAUAGACUCAUUAAUGCAGUCAUCUUCCAAGAGUGAUUUUGAAUAGAAAACUACAUGUACUAACCCAACAAA